AGCGAUGUCUGCUUCUUAAAACUAGGAAUACAUGUCUUCGUCCUCUUCGUCUUUCAGAUGGCAUUUCUUCUCUCUAAAACCCUCCAAAAACCCUACAAAAUCGCGAUCCUCACAAAUUCCAUAAAAAUCAUCCAAACGCCAACACUCCCCUCUUCUCCAUUCUCCACCACCGUAUCAACACCUCUACCACCACCACCACAUCAAACUCAAGAAGAAGCGCAGAGAAGUAGAUGGUCAAGAUGGCUGCUUUUCCUUCCUGGGGCUAUCACUUUUGGCCUUGGGACUUGGCAGAUUUUCAGAAGGCAGGAAAAGAUAGAAAUGAUAGACUAUAGGAGAAAAAGGUUGGAAUUUGAACCUAUUCUGUGGAAUUCCUUAUCCCCUUCCAAUGGAGAUUUGGGGUCUUUGGAAUUCAGGAGGGUGGAAUGUCAUGGUGUCUUUGAUGAGAGUAAGUCGAUUUACAUUGGUCCCCGGUCUAGGAGCAUUUCUGGGGUGACUGAAAAUGGCUACUAUGUAGUGACGCCCUUGAUGCUGACCACAGACAAUCCUGACAGUGUGCAGUCAUCUAUACUGGUCAACAGAGGAUGGGUCCCACGCAGCUGGCGAGACAAGCCUUUAGAAGAAUCACAUGAUGGUGAGAAGCCUUCAAAUAUAACACCAGAAGAUGUUGGAGUGAAUGAAGAAAGCUCAUGGUGGAAGUUUUGGUUGAAGAAGCCUAAAGUCAUCAAGGAUGAGGAACCUGCUGUGACUCCUGUGAAAGUAAUUGGGGUAGUCCGUGGAAGUGAGAAACCAAGCAUCUUUGUUCCGGCAAAUGAUCCCAGCUCUGGUCAGUGGUUUUAUGUCGAUGUCCCGGCAAUUGCUCGUGCUGUUGGACUUCCUGAGAAUACUCUCUAUGUUGAAGAUAUCAAUGAAAAUGUGAAUGCAAGUCAACCAUAUCCUGUCCCGAAGGAUGUCACCAGCUUGAUCCGCUAUUCAGUCAUGCCACAAGACCAUCUAAAUUAUACAUUGACUUGGUAUUCUCUAUCAGCUGCAGUGACUUUCAUGGCCUUCAAGAGGUUAAAGCCAAAGAAGAGCAGGAGAUAGUGGACUAUUGUAAGAGUUUGAUUUUUGCAAAAAAACUACCAUUAACUUUCAAAUUAUUUUUAAAGAAAUGAAAGAAAACUGGCUUUCAUCAAGAAUUUUGCAGAUUAUUGUAGAAACUAUAAAUGUGUCCACCCAAGAACAAAAAAAUAAAAAACAAAAAUCUUGAAACUGCACAAUGUUUUGAUUCCUUUUCAAGUACUGCAACAUCUUCUUUCUUUC